AUGCCUUUCAAAGUAAACCAGGAGAAAAGGCCAGUGCAGAUGAUGAGGAAAAAAGCCUAUUUUAACUACGUCUACAUCCAUGAGGCCCAGACACAGGUGUUGGAGCUGCCCUAUGCUGGCAAGACGCUGAGCAUGAUCAUUCUGCUCCCAGAUGAGGACGUGGACCUCAGUGUGGUGGAAAAUAACCUGACUUUUGAGAAAUUCAUAGCCUGGACCAAGACAGCCUCUUUGCAUAAUACUGAAGUGGAAGUUCUCCUUCCGAGAUUUAAACUGCAGGGGGAUUAUGACAUGAAGUCUGUACUUCAGCAUCUGGGAAUGGUCGAUGCCUUUCAACAGGGCCAGGCUGACUUGUCUGCCAUGUCAACUGAGACAGACCUGUGUCUGUCCAAGGUUGUGCACAGGAGUGUCGUGGAGGUGAAUGAAGAAGGCACUGAGGCUGCGGCAGCCACAGCCGUAAACAUAGUGCCAUUCUGCUUAUCACUUAUACCAACAUUCUGUGCUGACCACCCCUUCCUUUUCUUCAUCAGGCAUAAUGAAACCAACACUGUUCUGUUCUGUGGCAGGUUCUCAUCUCCCUAAGGGUUGCACUUCCUCUCCAUGGAGAAUUUCCCUUUUUCCAUGUCCCCAAAU